ACAUGGAACUCUCCCGAUCAAGGCUAGGUCCUUGGUUUUGUAUUCGCACAUCAUUCGUAGGCAAACCCGCCGUCUUCUCAAGUUUUCAUGGUGAUACUUUUUAUUUUCUAGCACGACGCCAUUUAGAGAAGUUCUCGUGCUCUGUCGAGAUGAACACUGAACUCCGCUCGUUUGAGCAGUCGGAUGAGGGCGUUGCAGCUGUUCUCCCGAAGAACGGCAUAUCGGAGCCCUUCGAUACCAAGUGGACAAUCGGAAAGUGAGGCGGUUGAACUCACCAGAAUGCAUCAGACUGGUCGUGCGCAAACAGCUGGAGCUCAUGUGUUUGGGUGAGACUAGAGACGAUACCCGGACUGUGACUGGGGAUAUCUGUGUGAAGGGUGUCGGUCUUGAUAGAGUGGUGCAUCUGUUUUCUAUUUCUUGGAAAACCACUCCUCAUCCGGUCAAAGUAUUAUCACCGGUUGGAAACGUCAAUGAGCGAGCGUAUGUGCAGUAUUUUAUUUAGAGACUUCGACAUGGCAAGAGCAGGGGUUCACCAGCCCGAUCUGAUUCCCUCGUUCAUGCCGGUCACAUUCAGUACAUACACGAAUCCGACAAUACAGAAAAGAUACCCAACUAUCCAAACAAAGCAUGGGACAACCGGUUCUCAAACCUCGUCCCGUAAGGACGAGAAGUUCCAUGGCACGCGAUUUACCACUAUUAAUGAGGACACAGCCUGGUCAGCUCCCGAUCUCAUGCGA